AAAGUAAGAGAGAAGGAAAAGAUUGUGGCUGCAUUCAGACAAAUGCACCAGUUUCUGGGAGAACAAGAGAAGCUUCUUCUGGCCCAGAUGGAAGAAGUGGAAAAGGAGAUUUCAGCCAAAAGGGAGGAACAUCUGGCCAGACUUUCAGAGGAACUCUCCUCUCUUGAGGGUCUCAUCCAGAAGAUGGAGGAGAAGCAUCGGCAGCCAGCACCUGAACUCCUCCAGAAUAUUGGAAGCUUCUUACAGGGGUGUGUGAAGAAGGAGUUUGAGAAUCCUGUGGCUUUUCCUCCAGCUCUGAAAUGGAAGAUCUGGGACUUCUGUGAUAUCAGUCCCUUUCUGGAGGGUAUCAUGAAGCAAUUCAAAGGCACUCUGAAAUCUGGACUUCAACAGAAAAAAGCAAAGGUGACUCUGGAUCCAGAGACAGCACAUCCUCAUCUCAUCUUCUCUGAGGAUCAUCGAACUGUAACAUAUAGAGAGAAACCUCAAGAUCUUCCUGACAAUCCUGAGAGAUUCUACCCAUACCCUUAUGUGCUGGGCCGUGAGGGAUUCACAGGAGGCAGGCAUUUUUGGGAAGUCUCUGUGGGACAUGAGGAGGAAUGGAGUGUGGGAGUGGCCAAUAAGUCUGUGGAGAGAAAAAGCUCCUUCCCUUAUAGUCCCAAGACAGGAAUCUGGGACAUGGGGAAGUGGGGAAAUGCAUUCAGUGCCUCCAAUCCCUCUGAUGAUCUUGUUCUGACCCUGAAGGAGGAGCCCAAGAGGAUCCGGGUGACCUUGAACUGUGAAGGGGGCCGGGUGGCCUUUUACAAUGCAGACACCGCAGACCUGAUCUUUGAAUACCCUCCAGACUGUUUCUCAGGAAAGACCCUCCUCCCCUCUUUUUAUGUGUAUGAAACCCACCUGACAAUCUCUCCAUAAGGCUAGAGACCAGUCUCCAAAAACCCACAGCACGAGAGGAGCUUUAUCCUCCAUAAUCUGGAUCUGUUUCUUAUUUCUGCUCUCUUGCUGGAUCCUCUCUGCUCUCUCUGCUCGCUCUCUCUCUCAAGCUGUGAGUUGACAUAUUAGCUAAAAACAGAUUGAUGCAUUAGUUAAAAACGGCUCUUGUGUGAAUUAUGAGUCCUUUCUCCAUGGAGCAGGUGAAUGCUCAGCCCUGAGUGCUUGGCUCAUGCAUAAGUCCUCCUUCCAUUUGGAAAGGACAGCAAGAAAUAAAAGAUGCAAACCAAAGUUCAGUCCAUAAUUCCAGUUGCUAGAGUUCAGUAGUAAGUGGGCAGCCUGUCUCUUUGCCCCCUUUGCCUGGCUUUUUCCAGGGAUGUAAGCUGGACUUGGCUGUGAGGCUUUGGAUUCUUGUACCUUAUCUUUGUGUCCUUUUUUAUCUUUUAGUUGUUUUGUUUCUCUAAGUUGUAGGGGUUUUCUAAAAUUAUUAUUAUUAUUUCUAUUAUUUGUUAUUAUACUUAAAUUCACUUUCCCUUUUCACCUUUUACCUUCGAGUCUUUUUCUUAUUGUAAUUAAUUUUUCCCUUUCUUCUCUU